AUGGGGGAAUCAAAUCAGUCAAUGGCCACGGAUUUUAUUCUCAUGGGGCUCUUCAGCCACACAGGGCCACACUUGGUCCUCUUCUCCCUUGUGACUGCCACAUUCACCAUGGGCCUUCUGAGCAACACUGUCCUGCUCUUCCUGAUCCACGCUGACUCCAGGCUUCACACACCCAUGUACUUCCUGCUCAGCCAACUGUCUCUGUUGGACAUUGGGUUUCCACUUGUCACUAUCCCCAAGAUGGCAGCCAACUUCCUGCAGGGAGGUGGCUCCAUCUCCUUUGUAGGGUGUGCAGCUCAGAUGUUCUUCCUGAUGCUGAUAGGUGUCUCUGAGGGUGUCCUGCUAUCCAUCAUGUCUUACGACCGCUAUGUUGCUGUUUGCCACCCCCUGCAUUAUCCCAUGCUCAUAAGACGUCAAGUCUGCCUGCUCAUGGUGGGCACUUCUUGGCUCUCAGGUGUGUUUGUAGCCUCCAGCCAGACAUCCAUCACCCUGCACUUUCCCUACUGUGCCUCACGCACAGUGGACCACUUCUUCUGUGAGGUGCCUGCCCUACUGAAACUCUCCUGUGCCAACACUGCGGUCUAUGAGUUGGCGCUGUCCAUCUCAGGGGUGCUGAUCUUGCUACUGCCCAUUUCACUCAUUGCCAUCUCCUAUGGCCACAUAUUGGCGGCUGUUCUUCACAUGCGCUCAGCAGAGGCCCGACACAAAGCCUUCACCACAUGCUCCUCCCACAUCACUGUGGUGGGACUCUUUUAUGGGGCUGCUGUGUUCAUGUACAUGGUGCCAGGUGCCUACCACACUCCAUGGCAAGACAAUGUGGUCUCUCUCUUCUACAGUCUCAUCACCCCUACACUAAACCCCCUCAUUUAUAGCCUGAGAAACAGAGAAGUGCAAAUGGCUUUCGUCAGGGUCUUUGGAAGAGCUGCCUUCAGGUCAAAUAGAUGA